GUUCUAUUGAUUAGUGGAAACAUAUUAUCUAAUUUUCUCAUUACCUCCCGUCAAGUUUAAUUUUGCUAUACUUUACCAUUCACCAAGCAAUUGAAGUACUUAAGUAAAAUGGGUUGGACUAUUUUUGCUACUCCAAAUCUUAUUUUACUCGGUAUUUUGAUACUAAGUGGAGUGGAUAGUAUUAGCGCAAGGUCCUUGUCGGGCAAUUCACAAUGUGGAAAAAGGGACUCUACAUUGAAGGCUGUUUCAAUGCUUUUCCGGCAUGGAGAUCGGGCACCUGCAGUCCCAUAUCCAUUGGAUCCUUACCGUGACUAUCCUUGGCCCGGCGGUUAUGAAGCUCUGUCAGAGAGAGGUGCUGAACAACUACAUACCUCUGGAUUGAUAAAAUCUGCUCGAUAUUCAUCCCUUCUUUCAACAAAUUGCGACUCCAAGACUACGAACACAAUCGAUCUCGAUAAAAUUUUAGUCUUGAGUAGUUCCGUUCAGCGUUGUGUUGACAGCGUUACAAACUUCUUAAAUGGAUUUGUCAAAGUUGAAUGGCCCUCAAAGUUGAUUAACGUCAUACCGCUGGACCAGGAUGAGAUGUUAGCUGUACCUGGAAAGUCAUGUCCCAAAUAUGUAAAGAUCAUAAUAACUGGACCGCCCUUGGAUGAUCCGGCAUUCAAAAAAGUCAUAGAUUUUGAAUCACCAGAAGGCAAAGAGUUUCUGGCUUAUUUAGAGAAGAACACGGGUCUUCCCACUUUCUGGUCCAGCAUCCUACUCAAUCUUGAAGAUACUCUAUCGAUUCAGAAAGACAACAAUCUUGAAUUGCCAGCCUGGUCUGAACCUGUUUACGAGCCAUAUCUGAAAUCACUGAGUCCCAUUGUUUUUGAUGGUUGGAGCUCUUCGUAUUACAUGAAAAUUCGUAGUUCGGCUCUUUUUAAGGAUAUGACGAACAGAUUUGACAACCUGAUCACAGGAUCUGCCGAUCAGAAUAUAUUAUUGUAUUCAGCUCACGACGCCACUAUUGGUGGAAUGCUUUAUUUGUUUGGGAUUAGGGAUCAAAUCCCCGUCAUGCCUGCCUAUGGAUCCUCACUCAAUUUGGAACUUCAUGAAAAUGCAGAAAUAGAAAACGAUUAUGAAGUGAAGUUGGUAUAUUUUGCAACUUACAACGAUGAAAAUCCUACUGAAGUCAAUAUUCCAAAUUGUUCGGCACCGUGUCCUUACAAAAAGCUCAAGGCAAACAUUCAGCCGAAUCUUGUAGAUGAAGAUUAUGAUGUUGUAUGCUCGAAGUAAUGAACUACAAAGAUUCCCUAUUAAUGGAAACUGCACGGAAUCUGAUCAGCGCUCUGCUCACAAGGAGGAAGUUGUAUGAGUGAAUAAAAUGACAGUUCUCAGUAAUUCAUGUAAAUACACGUAUUUCGGGGGCGGCUUACUCUCUUUUCAAGUGCAUAUAUUAUACACUAGCCUUGUAUAUCUUUCCGGAAU